UCCCACCCCCAGUCCCCAGAGCUCCCAACAGCCCGCGCCCGCUGCUAGGCAGCGGCGGGGAUGGCGAGGCGCGGAGCCGGGGCGGUGACGAUAGCAGCGAGUCCACCAUUGGACGAGGAGCCCUGAGGGACGGGCCAGCCUGGUGAACAAGGAGAUAGCGAGGCGGGUGGCCCCGAGAGAGCGAGGGCAAUGGAGGCCAACAUGCCGAAGCGGAAGGAGCCUGGCAAGUCCCUGCGCAUCAAAGUCAUCUCCAUGGGCAACGCUGAAGUGGGAAAAAGCUGUAUUAUAAAACGAUACUGUGAGAAAAGAUUUGUGUCUAAAUAUCUUGCAACCAUUGGAAUUGACUAUGGAGUCACAAAGGUACAAGUCAGAGACAGAGAAAUCAAAGUUAACAUCUUUGAUAUGGCUGGCCAUCCCUUCUUCUAUGAGGUUCGUAAUGAGUUUUACAAGGAUACACAGGGUGUAAUACUGGUCUAUGAUGUUGGGCAGAAAGAUUCCUUCGACGCCCUUGAUGCGUGGCUGGCAGAGAUGAAGCAGGAUCUUGGACCUCAUGGAAACAUGGAAAAUAUUGUAUUUGCAGUGUGUGCCAACAAGAUUGACUGUACCAAGCACCGCUGUGUAGAUGAAAGUGAAGGGCGUUUGUGGGCUGAAAGCAAAGGCUUCCUGUACUUUGAAACUUCAGCACAGACUGGAGAGGGAAUCAAUGAGAUGUUCCAGACCUUUUAUGUAUCCAUAGUUGACUUAUGUGAAAAUGGAGGGAAACGUCCUAUCACGAAUAGCAAUGCUAGUUUCACCAAAGAACAAGCAGACACCAUUCGCAGAAUUCGAAACAGUAAAGACAGUUGGGACAUGUUGGGAGUCAAACCUGGGGCCUCAAGGGAUGAAGUCAACAAAGCCUAUCGGAAGCUCGCUGUCCUGCUUCACCCCGACAAGUGCGUGGCGCCCGGUAGUGAAGAUGCCUUCAAAGCGGUGGUGAAUGCCCGGACUGCCCUCCUGAAAAACAUCAAAAAUUCAGGUGCCUGUGACCAUUUCAGACAUUUUACAGAGCAGUGAAGACAACCAAGCGCCACUUGUACGUAUAGUUCCUUUCCUAUUUCCAAAUAAUCCGAAUUUUGUUCCUCCUUCAUUUGUGAGCUCGGUAAUGGUAGCAUCCAUCAUGCACUUGACUCAGGACAGUCCAGGAGGUUUCUGGAGGGAGGAAGGGGCACAGGAGGGCCUUUCGCUUUUCUUUUCCUUUUUUAAAAGUUCAUUGGAGAAGGAGACAGCAGAAACAGAAGGAAAUGAUAACAAAACCCCCAAAAGUGUGGUGGGACCUCACAAGCAAGUCACUUCUUUUACGAGUUCCUUAGUAGGAUUUGAACCAUCGAUCCAUCUAUAAUUAAUGAACUCUGGAGAGCCCUUUGGAAGUUUGUGAAUCAAGGUAAUACCGUUCCAAAUUGAGCAGUCCUUUGUGGACCUAUACUCUGUCCCCUUCUCCAGCCACCAGGGGGAGAGACAGGCUAGUUCUAGGAGAGAAAAGGCAGUGGCAGCCACGAGUUCUGGAACACUGGCUGUUGCUCGUCUUGCCCCUGGAUCUGAGGCCUUUCUCCAGCCACGGAAGCAAUGCCGGUAGCAGUAGGGAGCAUUGGGCACCCAGGAAGGAGGAGUCACGUCCCACAACAGACAUGCUUGCAGGUCACAUGAGAGCUUGUAUACGCAUCCCGGAAGGCAAGGCCAGAGGCAAGGCCCAAGGGCACGGCCAGCCUGGCUUGGACUUGUCUGAUGCCCCUGAGAGAGCCUGUGGAUGAGGCUUCUGCCUUUUCUUGUUUCUGCAUCCUUUGCCACAGGUAGGUAGGAAACGCAGGGGCACUCCUCUACCGCCUGGCCUUUUCACUUAGCUACUUGAGUUCCUUCCUUUUCCUUUUCUCUUCCUUAUUUAUUUAUUUUUUAAAUAUACCACAUCUGUCAUUUUUCUCCUGAUUGUCUGGCUUUUGGCCACUGCCUUUUCCAUCCUCCCUUACGAGGCUUCACCUUAUAGUCCUCCCGUACAAGCCCUGGUUGACCGGAGUCAGGUGUGGAUCCUUUGGGUGUUGGUGGAGGGAGAGAUCGUAAGGCCUGUGUGGAAAGAAUCUCUAAUUUUUGCUUGGGCUCCAUAUUUCUAAACAGUAAUAUGUUUACAGUCUAGAUUAUGAAAGCUUAUGUAAUGUAGAGAAAUCCAUUCUCUUGCCAUAGUCUCCUCCUCCAUAUCCACGGAACGGAUGAAGAUCAAGUAUGUUAGGACUGGCCCUUCCUCCAGAGCAUUCAGAACUGGUCUUGCUGUUUGACCCAUUGUAUUGUGAAUCUCGGUACAUUACUCAUCUUUUAGCUGCAACCACCCUGCACUAAUUGAGCUUUAAGGUGCAUGAAAUGUGAGUUUCAAGCAGCUAUCCCAUAUUGAUCACCAAAUAGCAUUCACCUACCCAAAAAGAAAAGCCACUUCAGUUUCAUUCCAGCCCUCUGCAGUCUUCUGGAUUCUCCUCUCCAAAGCAGCUUCCCUUUGCGUGUCUGCCCUUGGGCCGCAUUGAGCUUGUUGUCAGGAAACCAGAGCAUUGUUUUCUAGUAUAUCUUUUCAUCUUGGUAAUACUGAAAAUGCUUCUUUUUUACGAAUUGAGUCUAAUACAUGAUUUCCUGGGGAUUUUCCUCUGGACUUGUAAUUUUAAAUAGCUUCUGGGACUAUAAAACUCCAACCCAAAGUGCUUCUGAAUUUAAAUUUUACUUAAGGCCUUCAUCAUGCCUAAAGUAAUUAAAAAUGUGGGUCUAUUCUUGUAAAGAAACUAGAGUCAAAUAAACGAGGGACUGUG